UGUGUAGUCUGCAUGGGUGGAGACAGGAAGAGGCAGAGGAUGGUCCAUCAGACGUCACCACCACUUCCCAUCUCUCCUGUUAGACCUCUCCUUCUCCUCAGUCAGGAUUGAUGGUGAGUGGGGAUGGACAGGAGGCACUGCAUUGUGCAAUAGGAGCCGUGCGCACUGAAUGAAAACCUAUAGAUUGCAUACUGGGAGGAAUUUCUGGCUUCAAAGCGUCGUUGGAUUUGCAAACAACUUCAGAGCGCACUCUUUGCAUUUUGCGCUUCUGCCUUUUGGUUUUGCGCCUCCUUGGAUGUUGCGCCACGCUGCACGGCGUCUGCCAGCUGGCACAAGUGAUAUCGUACAGUUUACAGUGCGCAGGCAAUAACACACGGAUCCUCACCAUUUUCCAGUGGCAGGAACCCGAGCUGAUGAGCGCGCCCCACCUUUUCCUCUCCAACUAUUGAGCGUCUCCAACAUGCUGUUAAUCGCGUUUGCCAGAUGAUACCUGUUGAUUUUUCAUCGCGCCAUGUCCUUCUGUCGGACUGAAGUGGACAAUGAAGUUAUGGGAUAGCCUGACCACUUGUUUGAUACUGCUGAGCGCCGUGCACGCCAGCCGGCUGCUCCGGAGCCGAACGCAGUCCACGUCCGCCAAGAGGAGAGGGCGCGCCGCCGAGACUCCCCUGGAGCUCCCGCCGGUUCAGAUCCGCCUGUCUGUCACUUCCCCGGACAUCAGCCGCGCUGAGGGGGAUACAGCGGACUGGGAAGAGACGCUGGCUGGAGGAGAAAAAUACACCAUGGAGGAGCCCGCUCCAAAUGAGUUUGAAGACGUGGUGGACUUCAUCAAAGUGACCAUCGGCAGAAUACGUCGCUCCUCCUCAUCCACCGUGUCCACAUCUACCUCGUCCUACACCACCUCCUCCCCCUCCAAAGAAGACUUGAGCAGCAGAACUCGAAACAGAAGGGAGAGGAAGAAGGGGGCGAGCCAGCAGAGUGGAGGAGGAAUAGCAAGAGGAGGGGAGACGGGUAGGAAGGUCAGAGGAGGAAGAGGUAAUGGACGAGGACAGGGCUGCGUGCUCAAACAGAUUCAACUCAAUGUGACGGACCUCGGUUUGGGCUACCGCUCCAGCGAGGAGAUGAUAUUCAGGUACUGCUCCGGACCCUGCAGGAAGUCUGAGACCAACUAUGACAAAAUCCUUUACAACCUGGCUCACAACAGGAAUCUUCCUCACAAAGACACGCCCCCUCAGGCUUGCUGUCGGCCAAUAGCGUUUGACGAUGAUCUCUCGUUUCUGGAUGACAACCUCGUCUACCAUACCGUGAGGAAGCACUCCGCCAGGAAGUGUGGUUGCGUGUAGGGAGUGCGAGCUGGUGUCAGGAUUUAUGUAGUUUUACGUUGACUCCCACUUCGAAGAAUUAUGUUGAGUGUUUGUUUUUUUUUCGAUCUUACUCACUGUGAGGAAACUUUCAGGCGUCGUGUGGCCGUUUAUGACAUGAGUUCAACAGUAACGGAGUAAACAUGGCGACGAGGUGGCGUCACUGCAGUUUUUAGAAAUGAUCCUCUCCUCCUCCUCCUCCUUCAUGGCUCAAUCACAUCCAAUUUCCUUUACAGUUUACACCUGACGCCGUUAAUGUGUUCAGUGUGAGUUUAAACGUUUCCCUGGAUACUCAACAUGAAGGACUGAAAUCAAUCAGACACAACAGAUGGUUCAGCAGACUCACUCUGUCUACUGUAUAGCACACAUGUUACACGGAAAAAGUUAAACGCAUAUGAAAUGUAUUUAUGAAAUCUUGAAUUUAUUAACUUAUUGAUAUUUAUUUUGUUUUUUAUAAAAGGAAUACAUGUUAUUUAUUACUGUAAUGUGAUAUCUCAGAGUGUGCCAAAGGUUUUAAUCGAAGAGGUUUAUGAUUUAUUUCCAUAUAAAUGCAGUAAAAGAGUGAGUGGUUUAAACUGUGAAAUGAUCUUUUAUAGGUGCCCUGUGGAGGACACAAACAAAAGUCACGUGUGCAUUCAGUGAUUCGCACCAAAAAAGACAUUUUGUGUAUCCUAUAGUUCGAACAAAAGAGUUUAAUACGUUUUCUUCCACAUAAAACAUUUGCCAAGCUGAUUUUUAAAAAGAAUAUUUUUAAAUCAUGCAUUAUUUACAUACAUGUUCAUUAGCCUGCAAUCUUCUUCUUUGCCUUUACUUUUGUAUCACUCAGCUUCUUUGCUCUACAGCACUACUAGUGUUCAAAAACUCCACAGGACACCUUUAAAGGCUUUUCGUUCACAGUAAACCCACCUCUGUAUCUUAACGUUUACAAUGUUCCACAAUUUUAGUAUCAUUUGAUGGCAUUGUUUCCUGUUUUUGUUUUUAAUUAAUGAAGUGAGAAAAUAUCAAAACCUUUCAUUGUCAUAUUCAGAAGAGUCGUUGUUCAUUCACUGCUAAUGUCACGUCCUCCUCUCAGAUAAAUUGCUGUGUUAGUGAAAUAAGACUUUCUCACUUAAGAAACAUAACUACAGCUUUAUUUUUAUACGGUAUUCACAUUUAAAUUGUCUCAUAUGAUUAUUAAUAA